AUGGGGCGGCGCCUAAUAGCGGUGCUUCUGCUUUGUGUGACGAACUCCCUCCUUGUCUCAUAUGUUUGUUCCCAAAUUCCAAAAAGGUACAUAUUCCUGGAAUCUGCACCGAAUGUUUCUGUAAUUGUGGGACACGAUGCGUAUUUUGUUUGCAAUGGUGGAAUUAGAUGGACUUAUGAAAGUGACCAAAAAAAUUCUGGACGAGAAGUUGGCCCUCAUCCAAUCUCAGUGAAUUUGAGGAAGGAAGUCACAUCCGUAUAUAAUUUGAGUCCGCUUCGACCAAGUUAUCAUUUGUCUAGCAAAUUUAAUGCUCCAACAUCCGUGUAUUCGAUGCAGGACGAUCGAGGCCGACUAAUUCUACGAAUUGAUAACGCAAGCCUUUCAGAUACCGGAACCUAUAGGUGCCAUGGUGAAGCGAAUUCGCAAGAUGUGUUUCUCAGCGUUCACCCCGUAGAACAUUUUGCCAUCAACCGUUCAAGUGGGCUUCCCGCCGUUCCACUUGCUGCUGGAAUGAUCAAGUUUUUCAAAAUGUUUCCUUCCGAUCGUGCAAAUGAGGUUAUUUUAUACUGCCCUUUGACAUCAGCCCAGCGCGUUCUCGCAUGGGAGUGGCGUGAACCAAUUCCACCGGAUUCAGAUCUUGCAGCCGUAUUACCCAGAGAUGCGAUUCCAAGUAGGACCGUUUCUUUUAACGAAUCUGGCAUAUUUUCCAAUGACAAUGUGGAGAUUGGCCCUAACUUAUCCUGGGUUCGCAUCCUCGAUCCAUUUUCGCCCGAAGCACCGAAUAAACUCUGGUGCAAGUUUGAGAUGCAGGACCUUUGGCAUAAUAAGAAGGGGCACCCAUCCUACUAUGAAAUCCAUUGGACUCUCUAUGAACCAAUUAACGUCAAGGUGAAGCUGCACAACUCUUCUACAGAACCGCUUUUUUACGACCAAGAGGCUCGUAACGGCGGUUUUGGCGGCGGUGGGGGUGGGGUGGACUACUCCGCAGUCUAUGGCAGCCUAGGGAUGGAGCGAGAGCGCUCCUCCCACCGCGAUCGAAUGGCUUUGCUAGCGGAGCCACAGCCGCGUCUCAUUGAAGGCUAUCCGGCCCGUCUAGCCUGCCUCUAUCGCCCCAUCCAUGGUGGACAGUCUGCUGGUCGACCGGUGCAAAUAGCGGCAUGGUUUCGGGGCGACGAUUUUCGUUCGAUUCCGCAGCCACCGUUUUAUGUUAACAGUACGCAGGAGGAGGGCGUUUCUUGGCUUACCGUCCGCGCUUUCCCCGUCUACCCAGCGGAGGAGGGGCCCAGUUCGCUACUCAAGUUGGCCUCACGGGUGCCCUAUGAAAAGAUCACCUGUGUGGUUAACAGUCUUAUUGAUGAGGAAAAUAAUUAUACAGUUAAUUCCAAUGCCAGCCUUGUUCUGGAAGUGAUUCGACAGCCUCGGAUAGUCGAAAUCCACAAGAUGUCGGCGGAAGUAUCUCUGGGUGAUUUUGUCAAAAUCACCUGCCUGGCACUUGCCAACGGGAAGCCGAACAUUUCCAUUGACUUUAGUGCCACUGCCGGCAGACGUCCAUGGGGAUCUACUCUUGACAAUCGGCAGGAGCAACAGCGGGAGUCCCUUGAAACUGGCAGUCCUGAAGACGUCCAGAUGGCUGGAUGGCGCUCCUUAGGGGAAUCCUAUCGACUGAGGAUUCAUCGACCUCCAGUAGAUCCCAGCAAGCCAAUGCUCCAUAAACUCGUGGUUGAUAUUCGUGGAGCCCUACGCGAACACCACGGCACAUACCGUUGCCGUGUAACAAACGCCGCAGGUCAGGCCCAACAUAUUGGACACCUUAGAGUUCGCUCCGAACCCGACCUCACCAUCCAGCCGCAACAAUCUACCUACUUCCUCGCGCGUCAACCGCUGAGCAUCUCCUGCCUUGUUUCAGGCUAUCCAUUGGCUGGCACCAACCUCUCCACACUCCAAUCACCUUCUACAGACGAAGCAGCGGCAUCGACAGUAACGGCAUCGGCGGUGGCGGUGCUGGGACCGGCUAAGGGAGAGGCGAUAGCCCAACAACAACAGUCGCAGCAGCAGAAAAACAUUAGAAUUCUGCAGGGGGCUGAACGAGUCUCACCAGUGCGUCUAGUCAUCCUCAAGGCUAAUAGACGCAGAGAACCUCUGGUCUCGGUGAAGCUGACGGAUCUGCGAGUCGGUGUCUAUGAAGGAAUUAACGCGACCUACUCCGUGUUGAUUAACCACCGACCGCAGGGAGAGAUCAUGGCACGAUGUGAGUACGUCCACAUCGAUGGUUCUAUGGUCUCUGAUGCGAUCCAAAUCAAGCAGGCCACUCCACCUGCUCCUCCGAAGAUUGUGGCAUUGUGCUCGGGCCCUGGUGCUGUCAUUUUUGGUGUUACCAAUCCUCUGGUCUCGGCCGAGAAUGAAGCCACCGACAGGAUUGUCAAUCAGCGAGUUCUCUUUGCGCCCACUGCUGAAUUUCAUUCCGCCUCCAACCUGGCAAGCAAGAUUAUCAUUUUGGACAAGAACGGUCAGCCGCGCUCCGAAAAGACGGUCGAUGGCGACGAGGAGGCAAUUCAAGAGGCGCUUCUGACCGGAGAACUCGAUCAACAACAGUUGCACCAAUCGGGUCAACAGUCCUCGGAGAGACCUGCCCUCUCCACCAUUCCUCUGACCAAUCUGCUGCCCGGCACCAACUACACCUUCGAGUGGUCCUCGGCCAAUCAGUUUCACCUUACCACGACCAUUCAAUUCGUCACCGCCACUGCACCUCUAGCCGCUCCAAGUAAACCCACGCAUUUUGUGUUCCUUGUUCCAACUUCGAGUCAUCUGCGAAUCUCCGUCUUUCUCGACGAUCCUUGCCCCUACGACAACGGAGGUAGAGCGGAGCUAAAUAAUAUUCUGAUUCGUUACCGCAAGGCCGUGCAUCAAUUGGGCCAGGGCUAUGGCGAGGAAAGGAAACUCCUCGGCUACGGAAAUUGGUCCAAGACGCUGGUGUGCUUUCAGAACCAGAUGAAGGAUCCAAGCGACUUUCAACUACAACAACAGCAGUCCAUAAAGUGGUCCGGAGACGCGGUCAUUCAAUGCGACGUCCAGGUGGAGGAUCCUCACGCAGAUUUGGAGGUUGCCGUAGCGACUAUGAAUCGUUUUGGUGUCUCUCCGUGGCUCUCGUCCAUUUAUCGAGCCUCGGAGGCCCUCCAUGCCGCGUACUUCUAUACCGCUGGAGUUGGUGUCGUGGACCCUCAGCCCUUCGGUUUAAUUGUUGGGAAUGACAUCUUGCAGUUUACGACUUCAUCUCUGCCGACAAUCAACGGGAGUAGUUGCGUCAACUCCCAUUUACAUGAACGAAGAACCACUGAGAACGGAGAUGACGGCAUUUACAUCACACAACUUCAUGACCUCUUUGUUUUUGGGGAGGUUGGGGAAAUAAUUAGGGCAAGAGUGAAAGAAUACCUGAAACCCUUCGACUUAGAUGAAAAUGUGAAUUCUGCGGCAGAACUUAAGAGCAUUGUCGAAUCCCGCCCAUUUUACGAGUUUCGUCAAAAACUCCUUCGAGAAUUGCUUGAGGUAGUGCAGAGUCGCGAAGAUAUUCCAAAGGUGGAUAAAGAGACUGUGACAAUUCAUUCUCAAGGUUCCCCACUCCGGGUUCCUGAGAAGAUACGUUUUCAUCAACCCCUUAGCGAACCAGAGUCCUCCUUUAGCAGUUCUUUGACUCAGGGCAUCGACUACCUUUGCCUUAAUGACAAACACUUGUCGGAGUUGGUUCAUUCACUGGAUCCACGCUCCUACGAUGUCCAGCGUAGACGUGAAGCACUUCGGCAGAUUGUGGCGACCCCUUCCUUUGAGACUCAGGUCUGCGAUGCGUGGGAAGCCGCUCCUGAGACACCUACAGCUGAGAAGCGAUUAGUUGAUCGUCCGGAGAGAAAUGAGAGUCGAAAUUCACAGGAAAUCGCCUUACCUGUUUAUGGAAUUCGACAAGGUCUCUACGAUGCUUUAGUGGAUGAGGACACCGAGCUAAAUUUUUUUGCAUUGAAGUUCAUAGCCAAGGCGUUUUCAUCAACUUUUGGCAAUGUCAAAGAAUGCUAUGCCCUCUUUGUUGAUUAUCUGGAGGAGAAAUUCACCACAGAUGGAAGUAGCAUACCCACCAUCUCAGGCGGUUUGGAUAUUAGCAAUAGUGAAAUUGAAAAGUUACUUCGUUGUUUUUGCCUUCUGCUCGACUUUCACAAAAAACUGCCCAACUGCUGGCUUCGCUACUCCGAAAAACUAAUGGGCGUCUUGAUGGAUCGUUGUCUAUCGCUCCUGUUAAUUGGCUGUCUACCAUCGCUGGAGGUCCAUUUAAGUAGUCCCGAAAGACGGCUGACCCCGCUCCACAUUGUCUCGCUUCUUGAUCCGACAGCACAGUGGUUUUCUCUCUGGAUGAGGGGUGCCUAUGGAUGUCGACCGAUGCUGAAGAGACUUACUAAAAACAAGCAGAUAACGCAUAGCAAGAUCCUUCCCAUCACCAUUUCCAAAGAAGUGAUUAAACAACUCACCGAUCGGGAUAAGGCCACCCUGAUUAAGGGGAAGGCACUACCUACGCGAACGUUCAUAAAACUCUUCGUCGAAUUUAUUCUCUCAUUAAAGCACACUGAAACAACUGUCGAUAUCGGCGGAAAAACUCUUCACCAACUUGUGGAUAAAUGCUUUCAGCGUUUGGCUCUAUCCCCGGUGGCAACUGUAUUCUGCUUCGGACUGAGUGUUGACGACAUACCAUUAUCAACAGCAAAACGAAAUAAAAGGUUUUCCGGUUUGUCAAAUCUUUCCAAAGACUCUAACCAAUCAGUAAUCGACAUUGUGUUAUUCCACAUCCAAGUUUUUGUAGAUAAUCUGUUGAAGAUGAGUGGACCCAGCGGGGAAACGGUGAAUCUCAAUGUCUGUGUGUUAUCACAAGCUGUGGUCAACAUCUGUUCGACUACACAGGGUCGUGAAUACUUCACCCACCCAAAAGCUGCAAGACAAAUGCAGGUGAUAGCCAAAAUUCUGUCUAAGUGUCUGGAGGCGAUUGCAAACACUAACCUUGAAGUCGCUUGUCGAGAAAGUGGCUCAGUUGUUGAGAUUCUUGUGAAAGUCGUCGGCCAUCUUUGUGACGCGCUCAGCAAAACGUUUCUCAUUACUCACAGUCGGCAGAUUCGUGGUCAUUUUGAAGUUCCACAAAAAGUUUUGGAGCUCUUGAAAAUUUUGAGAUCCAAACACAAAGAAACGUCGAACAAUACUUUUUUACAUUAUGGAAUUUUAAACGUCGUGGAAUUGUUUGAAAAAUCGGUGGAGACCUUCCUGCUCGCUUUGUUGAAGACGCCAAGGGGUGUCCAAUUGGUUGAAAGCUUCGGCCUUCUGAGUUACUGCACGCAGUCUCUGCUUUCGCCAUUCAGUCUUGCUCAGAAUUACUCAUAUCUCGAAGCCGAUCUACUGGUCAGCCAAAUCACCUCAUGUGCUGAGGGGUUCAGAAGUUUGGAGAAGACCUCCUUUGUAGAACAUCGCUUUCUCGAAGUUUGGAAACUUUUAGAAGGUUGUGAGACUGAAGGCACAGCACUUGCUGAAGGAGGAGACGAAGAUAUGGAAUUUUCCCUAGAUGAUUUAUUGGAUGACGGAGGUUAUCGGGAUCAUGGAGCACUUCUUCCUUCCGACUUACCCGAAUCAGAGAUUCAAAAGCCUUUUAAUCGACUGGUGAAUCUGUUUGCCAACUUCACUGCAGUUUUUGAAUCCUUAUCGAGGGAUUCCAGUCGAAUUGUGUCAGGUCGAAGCUUUCAAACUAUUCCAAAAUUCCUGCUUGCCUUCAUAGACCGUGCUGUCAUGUUAGAUUCCGCCACAAAACUUGCUAAACUUUGCCGUCCAGAUGAAACCCGGGUUUUUGGUCUGCGAUUUUUGAGUGCUAUCGUUUCUUCCCUGGAUACAUUUCUACUUUUGGAAUCGCAAUUUGGCAUAAGGAGCAUGCUUCUUAACGCUCAACUACAAAACAGUUUGGAUCAGGAGGCAGUAGUAGUAGAUGGUCGGUUUCUAAUAGACGAAGGCUUAAUUGAACGAAACCGCCUUCUUGUGAAAUGUUCAAUCCUUGGUGGUCCUAAUGAACGGUACCUACCUCCCCGCAGUCUUUGUGAGCAUAAUACGGAUCCCUAUCCAUAUCCAAUCGUGACAGCUCUGAAUUCCGACCAAUUGGAGAAAUACACGCAAAAAAGUAAGAAGUUUAGCAAUUGUCCUCAGUGUGUGGAUGACCUUGAACCUGCACCAAUGAACUUGAAGCGACCGACCAAUGCUACCCUAGUCAGUAUUGUCAUUUCGAGUCUCAUACACCCUAUCAACGGUCAAUGCAAAACGGAGAAUCAAAUUUUCUUCAAGUUUCCACGUCUGCGAGUGAAGAUAAGAAACUUAACGAAAUUUUUGCCACAAAUGAAUAAACAGAUUCCAGCACCACCAAAUGUCGACUCAUCCUUAACGCCUACUUGGAAAGAAACUGCCAUGGGGUUGGUUAUUGAUUAUGGAUGCCGUGUUCACGUCCUGGACACGACAGUUCCUCCCAGUAGCCGAAAACACGACCUGGCUGAUCUCUUAGCAUAUACUGAUGGCUUGAGAAUCUUGAGUAGAGUCUCUCAAAAAGACCUCCAACAUCCCAACAAUGUUACCACAGUCGAUGGAAAUGUAGAAAAGCAUCAGAUGAGCGGUGAAACCUUCAGACCGUUUGAUUGGUUUGUGGGUUUGAUUUUUCUACUCUUCAAUGGCAGCACCUCUCGUGCAGUCGACUUUCUCAACCGAUUUCAAGAUACUUCACUUGCGCAUUACUUAUGGGCCCCUUCUCCUGUGGAGAUGCCCUCGUCUCAUCAUUACACAAUUUGUCAUGUAUUUGAAGUGGUCUUUGCUUCUGAGUUACCUCAACUCUACAACACAUUCCAAUUGUCCGGGUACUCACCCUCAAUGGUGCUGCGUUGCUGGUUAAGACAGUAUUAUCUCAAUUAUCUAGAUUGGAGCGAAAUUCAGGACUUCUUUUUGCUUUGCUUACUCUAUGGAGCUGAAAUAAUUGUCUUUUCUGCGGUUACAAUAAUGCGACACCUCUCGACACGUUUGACAACUGCUCUUCAAGCACAAAAUCAUCUGCUUAUGUUACUGGAAGAACCUAUUGAAGGCUUUCGAUUCGUUGACAAUUUAGACUUCCUGGAGUUGUUGGCCGACAAGUACAAUGAAUACGUUUCAGCCGAGUUGGCAUCCUCUCCCCUGGAUUAA